UUCAUCUUCUGACUCUUCUGGAGACGAACAAAUUAUUUAGAAGUUUUGAGUUCUGUUUACAAUACGCAAAAACAAUGAUGGACGUGUUGAGGAGUGUGGCCAUAUUAAUGUUGAUGAUAUCUGCGUCAUUUGCGGCACCAAGAUCACCGAGAGACUCAUGUGACAGGGGUGCCUCGGGACCGGUCUGCGGCACAAACGGCAAGAUUUAUAACGACCUUUGUGACUUGGAAGAAGAAGAUGCUAUUACUCGACAGAAUAUACAGGUAACCAACUACGAAUACUGCCGCUCGUCUGGGCGAGCCGCUCCUCGUGCACCAAGUCGCCCGGGAUACCAACCCGGAGCGAGAGCACCUGCUCCUCGUCCUCCAGCUAGAGCUCCAGCUCCACAUGCUCCUAGAGCACCAGUUCCACCUCACAGGGCGCCAGCUCCACAUAAUCCCACAUCAUUCAACCCGGAUCAAGGAUACGCAGGAGGAACGUCGGGAUACGAGCAUGAUACCCAAGGGUACGCACCCUCUCCAGGAGCACCUGGUUAUGCACCCUUACCACCAGCACCAAGGGCACCGGGAUUCGCCCCCUUACCACCAAGACCUGCUGCUCCAGGAUUUGUGCCACAAUCUCCUCGACAAUUCGCCCCCUCUCGGCCAGGAGUCGGAUACGCUCCAGUCGGACCAGGAGUUGGGUAUGCUCCAAACGCACCAGGGGUUGGAUACGCUCCAAGCGCUCCAGGAACUGGAGCAUUCGGCAAUUACGCAGAUGGCGUAGACGGUACUGGAGCUGAAGGUGGAGAAGCUAGUACUGAUGGAGAUGACAGUGACAGCAGCGAGGAGAGCUACGACUAUGACGGUAAUGAUGGAACAGAUGUAGAGGAGGGAACAGAAGCUCCCGCUGGUGCUGAUGCUGGUACUGGCACUGCAGGUGGAGUAUCUGGUGCUGCAAGUGGACCUGGUAUCGCCGGUGCUCCUACCGGACCUGGUGUUUCCAAUUUACCGCCUGUUCCUGGUAGACCUGGUGUUCCUCCUCCAGGGCUUCCACCUCGGCCAGGAACACCUCCACGAGUUCCUCGCCCAUUCAUCCCCAAUACACCACGUCGACCGUAUGCCCCUUCAUUUGGGCGUGCAUCUCCGGCUCUACCACGAGCACCGGGAGUAGCUCAGGCAGCUCCGGGCGCUCCAGGUUUCAGAUAUGACACUGCUAGCUGUUCUCAAAACGCACCUGGCAACAGUUGCACAUCAAACAAUGCUUAUGACAAUGAUGACUAGCACUGUCCAUUGCCCAUUACUGGAGCGACAUAACUCGGCAACAACCAAACUUUAUUUAUUUGUAAGUAGCUCCAUAAAAUAUGAAAUCAUUUUAAGUUACUUCUUCUUAUAAUGCUACGUGAAUAUUGUGUCCGAUACCGCAAUAGCAACGCUGAAAGAAUCGACCCUUUUGAAGUAAGAGAAAUUGUAUAAUUGAUAUAAAUGUACCUGUGAGAUUUUCUCAGAUGAAAUCGGAAGUGUUUCCUCUUCCAAAAUACCUGAAAUAAAACGUAUUUGAAAUAAAUUUAUAAGAAUAGUUUAUAGCUGGAUCACCAUAGAAGCCACAUUUAUAUGUAAACCACAAGAUCUUACAUCCCGUCUUCAGUAGUUAGAAAAAGUUUUCAAAAAUAUAAUAAUUUGAAAAAUCGUAACAAAUGUAUUAAUAAACUUGUUGCUUUUUAAUUAAAUAAUACCAAAAGAGAACCUUUGACUUUCAAUUAAAAAAUCACUACUGUCUUUUCCCCCCCACAGAAUGUGCUCCGAAAGAAUGGAUUCGACUUAUGAUACACGGUGAUUUUGUUGUAUAAUUUAGGAUUUAUUUAUGUUUUCGUUUGUAGAAUAAUUUAUAGUGUUUAUCUCAGGUAGUUUGAAAAUAGUAUACCGUCUUAACUGUCUGAGAAACCGAAUUCCACUGCUUGUCAUUACAGGGAAUGUGAUUUAACAUGAGUGUUAUUGUCUUAAAUAAUUUGUCGAAAUUAUUAUUAUUCCUUUUGAUGAGCAAGGAUAGAAUACUUUUGUACAAGUCACUAUAAAAUUCUUAUACUGCAAUCAAGAUUUACACCUCUAUCACGUCAAUGCAUAAUUGCACUGGCCCCAUAUACCUAUUCUAAUAUAAAAAUCAUCUCCGCACCGGAAGUGGCGCCUGUUUCAUAAAACGUUGUAAACUAUGGUAUGUUUGGUAACAAGGGCUCAGCGGCCAAUCGCAAUUAAGGUUUCCAUGGUAGUUACAAUAAUGGCAAAAGUUACCAUAGUUGAAGGUCCUAAUGAAGCGGGCCUCAUCUUGCAAAGGGUUUGUUUUAAAGAAUUCAUUCGCGAAGAGAUCAAUGUUUCUGAAGCGGGAACAUCGACAAGAGUCCAUAUUUCUCCUGUUUACGUUAUUCUAUCAUUGACCUUCGUGUUCCACUGACGCUCAUUAUUUAUUUCUUUCACUUUUGUUUGAUAUUAUUUAUUCUUUAUUGGUACUUUUGUUUGUAUUUAUAUAUUUAUUUUGAUUGGAGUGUAUGUUUCAUCCCAAUUAAAUAGUUAUUGAUUUCUCUAG